AUGCUCGGCAAUAGUUUUCAUCCUUUUUCAGAGCAGGCAAUGACUGUGCAAAGUGCUGAACAACCCCGAAUUUUUCGUCGGAACGAUCCGGGCACCAAACGGGACGACUGGUGCAAAUGGCCACCAAUGGCGUUCGAUGACAUGGAUUCCACAUUGAAUGUGCAGCAGUACAUACAGCAGACUAUUCAGCAAAAUCCCGCUGACAUUGACCUCAUUCUCACGCCGCCUCCCGAUCUUGAUGACGGCGUUUGGAAGUAUGAACAUCUACGCCAGUUUUGUCUCCAGCUCAAUGGUUUGGCUUUCAUGCUGCAAGAGGAAUGCAAUCCGGAAACUUGCAUACAAAUGACUGCGACUGAACAAUGGAUCUUUCUUUGUGCUGCCCACAAAAACCCCAAAGAGUGCUCUGCCAUCGACUACACGAGGCACACACUCGAUGGUGCAGCUUCACUACUUAAUAGCAACAAAUAUUUUCCGAGUAGGAUCAAUAUCAAGGAGUCUUCGUUGUCAAAACUAGGAUCUGUUUGCCGGCGCGUUUAUCGAAUCUUCUCUCACGCAUAUUUCCAUCACAGGCAACUAUUCGAUGAAUUCGAGAACAGCACACAUCUUUGCAAACGCUUCACAACUUAUGUAACGAAAUACAACUUGAUGGCACAGGAGCACCUCAUCGUUCCAAUUCUUUCAAAUCAGCAGUCAUAAUAUGAAUCUCUUACUUUUAUCGCCCUUCACCUAACAUGGAGUUCAAUCCUGUUUCUUUGUCAUUAAUACGAGUUUUUUCACUGAUUUUCUAGAAUUUUGUCAAAUGCAGCU